AUGCGCCACUCGGAAAUGAUUGUUAAAAAUUGUGUUCAUCAUUUUUUUAGCGGUCAACAUCACGUGGUACAAGAAUGCCAACAAGCUGAAACCCAGCGAUGCGUCAAGUGUAUUCGAGGUCUCACAUACAUGGAUGCCGAUAGCAAAGUGUAUGGCAGUAUUAUAAAGUGGGAUGAAGUGUCGCAGCAGCAUGAAGGUGUCUACCAGUGCCGCGUCCAAAACAAACUUGCCUCUGCUUUUGCUACCUAUUUCCUCUUCAAGUCAGGAGUUUACCCGCCAUCCAAUCUGAAGGCGAAAACAGUUAAAGAUGGAAUAUUAUUGACAUGGGAUAAAUCUCUUGAUGCAGAUGUGGACAAUUACGUUCUUUAUUAUGGACUCUUAGAAACUUUUCCGGAAUAUUAUAUGACUGAAAUUAUAUUGGGGUCAAAAGUCAACGUGACCAUGAUCGGGCUGGAGUCAUUCAAGAUGUACUCCUUCUAUCUCAUUGCCAUCUCAAAGUCCACAGAAGUUAGUGAAGUGUCACAAACCGUCAGUGCCAUCAGUCCUGAAAAUGGUAAUAUGCCGUUGACCUGUUAA